CACGCCUCUCCCGUGCCCGGCCGCGUUCCCACUCCCGGCCAAAAGCCAGCCAGGCCCUUCCUACCUUUUCUCCGGAGCCGUUCCUGCCCCAGCCUUGGAGGGACUCCCCACUAGGCCCCGCCCCGCUCAGGGCGACGCAGUGCUGGGCCCCGCCUGUCCCGACGUGGUCCGGCCCAGCCGGCGCACCCUGGAGUCUGGGCCCCGCCAGGCCCACCACACCCAGCGCCCGGCGCGCCCUCCCUGCAGGCCUCGGCCCGCCCCCCGCCUCCAGCGUCCGCGGCUCUGCCUCCCCGUGGCGCCGGCCGUCGGGCCCGCCUCCGAAGACGUGGAGCGCCGCUGCGGCCGCACAUUUGUAAAAGAUGAAAGUGACCUUAUCAGCUUUGGAUACUUGUGAGAGUUCCUUCACACCUUUGGUGGUCCUAGAACUUGCUCAGGAUGUCAAAGAAGAAACCAAAGAAUGGCUGAAAAACAGAAUUAUCUCUAAAAAGGAAGAUGGAGGUGCCCAGCUGCUGUUUAGACCAUUGUUAAAUAAAUAUGAGAAAGAAACACUAGAAAAUCAGAACUUAUAUCUUGUCGGUGCCUCCAAGAUUACAUUGUUACUGGGUGCGGAAGCAAUGGGUCUGGUAAAAGAGUGUAAUGAUAACACUAUGAGAGCCUUCACGUAUGGAACCCGAUAUAACUUCAAAGAUUUUGAUGAUGACAAUGAUGACUUCCUCACGAUGGCAGAAUGUCAAUUCAUUAUCAAACAUGAACUCGAAAAUCUUAGAGCCAGAGAUGAAAAGAUGAUCCCUGGCUACCCCCAGGCAAAGCUGUAUCCAGGAAAGUCGUUAUUGAGAAGAUUGCUCACUUCUGGCAUCGUGAUUCAGGUGUUCCCGCUGCAUGAUAAUGAAGCCUUGAAGAAACUGGAGGACACCUGGUACACUCGCUUUACUCUCAAGUAUCAGCCCAUAGACCAUAUUCGUGGCUACUUCGGGGAAACAAUUGCUCUUUACUUUGGAUUUUUGGAAUAUUUCACUGUUGCCUUAAUCCCCAUGGCGGUCAUUGGGUUACCUUACUACUUAUUUGUGUGGGAAGACUAUGACAAGUACGUGAUCUUCGCCUCCUUCAACCUCAUCUGGUCCACAGUGAUCCUGGAAGUGUGGAAGCGUGGCUGUGCCAAUAUGACCUACAGGUGGGGGACGCUUGUCAUGAAGAGACAGUUUGAGGAGCCCCGGCCAGGAUUCCAUGGGGUCCUGGGUAUCAAUCCCGUCACCGGCAGGAAGGAACCUCUGUACCCCAGCUACAAGAGGCAGUUGCGCAUUUACCUGGUCUCUCUGCCGUUUGUGUGCCUCUGCCUCUAUUUCUCUCUGUAUGUCAUGAUGAUUUACUUUGACAUGGAGGCCUGGGCCUUGAGUCUGCACGAGAAGAGUGGAUCCGAGUGGACCAGUGUCCUGUUGUAUGUGCCCAGCAUCAUCUAUGCCAUUGUGAUUGAGAUCAUGAACCGCCUCUAUCGAUACGCUGCUGAGUUUCUAACUUCGUGGGAGAAUCACAGAUUGGAAUCUGCCUACCAGAAUCAUCUAAUUCUGAAAGUUUUAGUGUUCAACUUUCUGAAUUGCUUUGCCUCCCUCUUCUACAUCGCCUUUGUCUUGAGGGAUAUGAAGCUGUUGCGUCAGAGUCUGGCCACUCUCCUGAUUACCUCCCAGAUCCUUAACCAAAUUAUGGAGUCUCUUCUUCCUUACUGGCUCCAAAGGAAGCACCACGUGCAGGUGAAGAGGAAGGUGCAGGCUUUGAAAGCGGACAUCGAUGCUACAUUGUACGAACAGGUUGUCCUGGAGAAAGAAAUGGGAACCUAUCUGGGUACCUUUGAUGAUUACUUGGAGUUAUUUCUUCAGUUCGGUUAUGUGAGCCUUUUCUCCUGCGUCUACCCAUUAGCAGCUGCCUUUGCCGUGUUAAAUAACUUCACUGAAGUUAAUUCGGAUGCCUUAAAAAUGUGCAGGGUCUUGAAACGUCCAUUCUCAGAACCUUCAGCCAAUAUUGGUGUCUGGCAGUUGGCUUUUGAAACAAUGAGUGUUAUAUCUGUGGUCACUAACUGUGCUCUAAUUGGAAUGUCACCGCAAGUGAAUGCCCUCUUUCCAGAGUCAAAAUUGGACCUCGUUUUGAUUGUGGUAGCCGUGGAGCAUGCACUCCUGGCUUUCAAGUUUAUACUUGCAUUUGCCAUACCUGAUAAACCACGGCAUAUCCAGAUGAAACUGGCCCGAUUGGAAUUCGAGUCUUUGGAGGCACUCAAGCAGCAGAUAACAGAAUUCUCUGCUGAGUGCAAUGUAGAACUUGACCACCGGGAGACAAAAGACUCCUUUUUAAUACUCCACCCUUGGAAAUGGAUGGGUUUCAUACGCCACCCUUGGAGACCUUGCAAAAGAGAAGGAACUGCUUGCUUUGGACAUUUACCUACUUUCUGGCCGUGAGCUGUCUCCGAUCCCACCCCACCCCCCACCACCCCACCCUGCCCAAGCUCUGUGGUUCCUUCAAAACGGUUACUCUCCAGCUGUACUUUAACCCAACACAGGUCAUUUUGAAAUGCGAGUCAACCACAACUCAUCUGGACUUCAAGUGGAUUUCUGGAAAUGAAAACUGGGGUCACCUCCCCGGGCAGUGGGCUGCUCUCAGAAAUCACAGCGGGAUUUUCAGAAGUUACUUGCUCUUUCAGUGGCGACAUUCACGCGUAGUGGGCUUGAAAUAAAGGCGAGCUUAGAGUUUCUAGUAGGAAUAGUGGUGCGAGAGCAACAUGGAAGGACAGAGCUGCAGGGUAGGAUUCUGUAGAAUCUGCGUGCGUAGGUCAGUCACCGUUUUCUUUUCUUCCGCCCGCCCCCCCAUCUCUGUCUCUUCUUCUUUUUUCCUGAUUUUCAAGAAAGCAAAAGGCCUACGUGCCCAGAGUGGCCAUUCUUUGCAUUUUAUGUUAUCCAUACGCCGCCCUCCUUUUAACCUUCAUUCUUCAUGUUUGGGUUACUAUUUGCGUGCAUGCUCGCUCUGUCUCUCUCUCUCCCUCCCCCUCUCCCCCUCUCUCUCCGCUUCAUUUCCUUUUAGCAAACUAUCCUGCUUUCUCUCCUGUGGAUCGUUGCAGAUGCGCAUUCAGGCACCCCUGGUCUCAACCCCUCCCCCGGGAUGGGCACAGACUCGUGGCCUGUGCUCUUGGCCAGCAUUCCUGCUUGGGAAGCUGUGUGUCAAGGAUGAGGGUGACAGCCCUCGUGAAGACUGCCCUCUCUUAGUGGGGGGCUUGGGGUUGAGGGGCUCAUCUCCUCUCCGAGUGGCCCAUGCUGGCAGGCGUUGGUGGGGGAGCCCCUCCAGUGCGGCUGACCCCUGUGGGGCCUGGGAGAUAUGCGGGCUGCUUUCCUGGUAAGAGCAGAGGUUGGGAUGGACCUCAUUCAGAUCCCGCUGUCAGAGAUGCAGCCUGACCGACGCCAACUUAACUCGCUGUCCCCUGAAGAAAACGGCCCGCCCCUUCGAUGGUCAUAAUUAACUCGCCUCUGAACGUUGCCAUACCAGAUGGCAGACGAGGGGCUGUCUCACCUGGAACCAAGAAGUGCAUGCGUCCUAGGGAGGAGAACACUCUCCGUCCCUCCUCUCCAGAAGCCUCUCUCCAGGCUUGGGCUGAGGAAAGUACAAAGUAGGGUGGGAGAAACAGGAAAUAAAAGGCUGAACAGUCAAGAGCUCUAACAGAAGCUGCCUCCUGCCAGAUCCUGAGUGCAGCUUUGUUCAUGGCCCUGCCAUAGUAGAGCUUUUGCUUGAGAUCAUAGUGCACAUAAUUUUUGUUGUUUCAACAAGGCAGGGAAUAAAGACAAUUGUUUGCCA